AUGAAUCAAAACGAGAUGUCUUCAUUAACCACUUCUCGUUUGUCAGCACAAGCAAAACCCUUCACUCUCAAUCGCGCCUCUACUUUAUCACCUAAACCCUCUACCAAAUCCUUCGAUCAUUGUGAUAAUGAUGAUGGUGUUGAUGAUGACCCUUUUAGUUCUUUGCUUGAUUCUUUUCGAAAAAGUAACCUUGGUUCAAAGGGUUGUUCUGUGUCUUUGAAUGGCACUGUCAAAACCACAACUUUGCCGGAUGAAGGUGCUUCUCGUGGAGUUUCAGUUUUUGAAAGGAACCCUUUUCGGGAAUUGGCUAAAAAUGGUGACUUUGAUGUGAUUAAUUGGACACAGUUUGAAGUUGGAAGUUCAGCUGGUGAUGUGAGCAUGCUUCAGAAAGUUAAGCCAGCUGUCGACGGGUUGAAUCAUCAUCUAACAGCAUCCGAAGGCCUUUUUGAAAAAAGCACUGGUAUAAUUGCGGGAAAAGACAUUUUAUCAAAUUCCAAAGGAUCAAAACAAUCUGCGGAUGAGUCUAGCUCCUUUCUUAAGGCACAAAACAAAGUUGCUCCACUCAAGAUAUCACGUGAUAUAUCUUCUGCUAAAAGUGCUCCUCAAAAUCAGUUCUUGAAUAUUCUCGGUGAUAGUGACGCUGAUGUGGAUUCUCCUUGUUGGAAGGGAAAGGCUUUUAGUUUAAUUCCAUCAGAAAUUUCACAAUCUGUACAAUUUCAUCAUGUUGAGAAAGCAACAGAAAAACAUAACACUUUAAAUCCUCGAGCUCCACAGUUCUUUCCUGGUAUCGGAUAUGUUACGGAUGAUUUUCUGUCUUCAAACUCUGGUGUGCCCGUGACUACUAAUUUACUGUCAGGAGAGGACAUACUCAUGAAAACUGUUACGGCAGAAUUCCUAGUAGAGUUAAAUAAGGAAGAGCUUCGGUAUUCAACCAACACCAACGGAAUAGAAAAGGCUUUUAAUAUGGUUAAUAACCCAGGAAGUACCUCUAUGGAUCCUAUGCUAAACUCACAUUCUACGAUGACACAUCCUUGUUCUAAAAAAGAUUUCACGACUUCAAAAGGAAAACAUGUAACUAUAGGUGAUGUCGAUGACUCUGUAAAGGGAGCUGGAAAUCCUUGGGCUAGUAGGUCAACAAUGAGUGAUGUUUUCCCUACAAAGGGAUAUUAUCCAAUAGCACAUGCAUCAUCAUCUCAAGUCAAUGUUUAUACCGAUCUUCUAAAAACAUUUGAAGGUCUCUCCAAGUCUUUAAUUGAAUCUCCAAAGCCAGAUGUUAAGAUAAUGGUUGGCGCAAUGCAUGUUCUUUCAGAACUGCUUGCACAAACCUGUGUGGACGGAGUAGAUUCAAAUAGCGAACAUGAUCUUAGUAUGACUACAAUCCUGGAAAUUGUCAACAAUCUGAAUGAUUUUCACGCAAAAGUAGGUGGUGAAAGGAUUUCAAUUUCAGCCCUUGAUUCAGCUCCGGCAAAUAGUCCUUUCUCUCUUGAUAGUUCAUUAAAACUUACCAAGGGACUCGAAAUGGCAAACGUAGAGACCCUUACUGUUCCACACCAGCUCUAUCUGCAAAACGAUUAUGUUGGAAGAAAUAUGGUUUCUAACGUGAUUGGUCAGAGUGAACUAAGUUCUUUUGCUUCUAGCAGCGGAGGAGGCACCAAGAAAAGCAACGAAGUUGGCCAGCUUCAGGUCAUUCGGAGAAUUCUAGGGAAAAAUCUGGAUUUUGACAAACAAAUGCCUCCAGAGACAUCGUUGUUUUGGAAUUUAUGGCUCGAUUCUGAAGCAGAGCGUUGCUUCAGAAAAUUUAAAACUUAUCAUUGGCUUAUGGAGGCUGGUGUGGAUGCAAAUUGCAAAAAUGUUGCGGAAUUGUGGAGGUGA